AAGAGAAAAUGAAGGUGCAUAGGCAGUACUGUUAUCAAAUCAACGGUGUCAUAAAGUUGUAAACCUUUAAGUACAAUAUACCUCUGGAAAUAUGGGUGUUCCAAAAUUUUACAGAUGGGUCAGUGAACGUUAUCCAUGUCUGAGCGAGGUUGUAAAGGAAUUUCAGAUUCCUGAGUUUGACAACCUUUAUCUGGACAUGAAUGGCGUCGUUCACACAUGUUCACAUCCUGAUGAUGGCAACCCACACUUCAGAAUCACAGAAGAGAAGAUAUUUGCAGAUAUAUUUUAUUAUUUAGAGUUUCUGUUUCGUACCAUAAAACCGAAGAAAGUUUUCUUCAUGGCAAUAGAUGGUGUUGCCCCCCGGGCAAAGAUGAACCAACAGAGAGGACGACGAUUUAGAUCUGCACGAGAUGCAGAAGAGUUGGAGCGGAAAGCCAGAGAAUCUGGGGAAACACUUCCUACAGAGAAAAGAUUUGACUCCAAUUGUAUUACACCAGGUACGGAGUUUAUGGUACGGCUACAAGAACAGCUCAAGUACUUUGUGGUGAAAAAGGUCUCCACCGACCCGCUUUGGCAAGGUGUGCAGAUACACCUGUCUGGCCAUGAGACACCCGGGGAAGGAGAACAUAAGAUCAUGGAUUACAUACGUCAUGAGAAAUCCAAGCCAAACUAUGACCACAACACACGUCACUGCCUGUAUGGUCUGGAUGCUGAUCUGAUGAUGCUGGGCCUGUCUUCUCACGAGCCUCACUUCUCUUUACUUCGAGAAGAAGUGAAAUUUGGUGGUAAAAAAGAUGCAAAGAAGCCGUCUACACCAGAGGAAACAACUUUCCAUCUCCUACAUCUGUCCCUGUUCAGAGAAUACCUUGACUUUGAAUUUUCAGCAUUGAAGGACAAACUUCCUUUCGAGUACGACCUAGAAAGGAUUAUUGAUGACUGGAUCCUGAUGGGUUUUUUGGUUGGAAACGACUUCAUUCCUCAUCUGCCUAACCUACACAUCAACCAUGAUGCUCUACCACUCAUCUGGUCGACAUACAUCAACGUGUUACCACAUUGUGGAGGAUACCUACAUUCUGGUGGACAACUACACCUUGACAGAUUUGAGAUCUUCAUGACAGAGCUAGCCAAGUUUGACUUUGAAAAAUUUGAAGAGACAUUUGCAGAUCUGAAAUGGUUGGAAAGUAAGGUAGAUAAGAAUCCUUCAAAGAAGAAAAACCACAUCAAGGAGAUAAGCAAACUGAAACAGAGAAAACAGGAUGACAAUCAGUUCGCAGCUCUGGUGGAGGAGAGUGGCGUUAACAUGGACGAAGACUUUGAUGAAGACGUGACGGGUGGGGAUGGAUUAGAAUUCCGACACUUGGCCGACAUCAAACCUCCAGAUAGUCACGGUUCUACAUUUGAUGAGGAGUUUCGGGUUCACAAACGUCACUACUACAUGUCAAAACUGGAAUACAAAGAGUUUACGGAUGACGUGUUGAUGGAACAAGCCCAGUGUUAUGUACGAGGUAUACAAUGGAUUCUCUACUACUACUUCGAUGGAGUGCCGUCCUGGAGUUGGUAUUAUCCUCACCACUAUGCACCAUACAUCAGUGAUGUUAAGUGUUUUAAGGAUAUGGACAUCCAAUUCGAUCGCAGUCAACCCUUUCUACCAUUCCAACAGUUAAUGGCUGUACUGCCUUCUAACAGUAAGGAACUGUUGCCUGAAGCAUACUGGAAUCUGAUGCUGAUGGACAACUCAGAAAUCAUAGACUUUUAUCCAGCCGACUUCCAAAGUGAUCUCAAUGGAAAGCAGCAGGAUUGGGAGGCUGUUGUUCUUAUCCCAUUUAUCGAUGAGAAACGAUUGCUAACUGCCAUGUAUAAAGUUGAGCACCUGAUGACAAAUUCAGAGAAGAAAAGAAAUUGUCAUAGUCCAAGUCUAUGCUAUGACUAUGUGUCGGAUCCAUUGCCUGCGUAUCCCUCACCAUUACCAGGAGUUUUCCCAGACGUCGUGAAUAACCACUCUAAACUAACACUGAUACCGAAGGAUGAAUUCCAACUGCCUCGACAUCUUAUCAAUAAAGGCCUGCUGAAGGGAACACGACAGGAUGUGUACUUCCCUGGCUUCCCUACCUUUAAACAUCUACCUCAUAAGGCUUACCUGAAGAAGGAGGGUGUGAAAGUGUUCUCAGCCAAUAGUCGUGGAGAAAAUAUGAUGCUCUCGCUAUUAUCACGUAAAGAUGAGGAUAUAAAAACUAUCGCCAAUUCUGUACUGCACAACAGCCUGUUUGUCAACUGGCCUCAUAUGGUUGAAGUCAAAGUGAUAUCUGUCUCCGACGGAAACACAAGAUAUGAGUUGAGCACUACGAAGACUGAGGGCGGACAGACGAGGACGAGAGUUGUGGAGGAGGAGAUGAACCACUCAGACCAAAUGAUCUGGAGAAAGGACGUAGUGGCCAUUAGGGAGAGGUAUCAUGACCGCCUUGGAGUGGACGUGGGUCAGACACACGUGUCUCUCAGGGCACUGCCUCUUGUUGGUAGGAAGUAUGUAUGUGGAGCACAUGGAAAGAUAGUGCUGGAGAAACAGUUUUCCAGUCAUCCUGUCACCUGUCUGUAUCAGACAUCUGUAAAGGACCUGAAUGUGUACGACACAUCUUUCUGUCAGUUCAGCACACUUGGAGAAUUGUUUCCUGCCAAGGAAGCGGUGUUCAUGUUGGGCUGGCCUCACUACGGCUGUCAGGGGGAGGUGGUAGAUAUAGAAGAUGACUCUAGAGUAAGAAUCAAUGUGUCAAUCCUGGAGGAGCCUUCACUAGCCUCAGUAGAGAGGAGUCAAGGGUACCUUGGCAUUCAGUAUUAUCCGGCAUACGCUGUUGCUCCUCGACUUUCCAUCACCUCUCACUUCCUCUCACGAAUGACCGGCUGUAUCAUGGUGACCCCUGGGUCGCCUGAUAAUCCUAAUGAACGCUUUAAGACUAACAUUGGUCUGAACUUAAAGUUCACUAAGCGAAAUGAGGAGGUACCUGGAUACACGAAGAAGACGGAAGAAGGAUGGACGUACUCAGACAAAACCCUGGAUGUGGUUGCUCAAUAUCUGGCUGAAUUUCCAGAAAUAUGGUCAUAUAUCAGUUCUAAAGAUGGUGGCAGGGGAGAUAACUUCUACGAAACAGACCUCUUUAAGGAAGGAAGUCCUUACAGCCUGAAGAAGAUGACAGAUUUUUUAAAGGGACUACCCUGUAGUAAUGUGAAGGUUAUGAAGGCAGGAGCUGAAAUCCUGGACCAGGGUGUCAUCACUGCUGUGGAGCAGGAAGUACAGAAAGUCAUUGAGGUCAACAAACGGAAACAGCGACGUGUGAAGAUGCAAGUGAAGCCACACCUGCUAUUCAAGCCAAUGGUAGGCCAGGGGAACAUGGUAGCUGACCCUUCUGUAGAAUUCUACCUGUUCGAUCGUGUAGUCAAUGUAAGGAAAGGUUAUCCUGUACCGUUUGGUCUGAGAGGAACUGUUACAGGCAUCCAUAUUGAGGAGAAGGAAAUGGACACCAUAUACGAUAUUGUAUUUGAUGAAGAGUUCCAAGGGGGGAUAACUCUUAGGUGCUCGCCAGGUAAAGGCUACAGAAUGCCCAAGUCAGGACUAGUUAACUUAACUCAUGGAAUAAGGAAGAAUGAGAAAAAGACAGGCAAGGCAGCAGCCAAUCAACAGGCACUUAACAAAUAUCACAACAGCUCAGCCAAUCAGCAGGGUUAUAACAACAAGCAACAGAAUUUUGGUACUCAGUCCAGAUCAAACAAUAUGUCUUAUGCAGCAGCUAGUCAGGGAAGUAGAAGUGACAAUCGCUAUAGCAACCAGGGAAAUUACAAUGACAAUCGAUCCUUUACAAAGGGAGAGAAACAGUAUCAGAACUCACGUGCAGAGCAGGAUAGCAACUGGAGAGCGAGAAAUGAUUCUAAAGACUAUAGAGAAAGUUCCCCUCGGCAGGGCAAUUACAGGAGAGAAGGCAGUUCUCCUCGGCAGGGCAAUUACAGGAGAGAAGGCAGUAAAGACAACAGCCAGCAAUCACAGGUGGAAUCGUCAUCUCAACAGUCAGAUCUACACUGGAAAAGCUUUAACACAGAGGGUGGGGCAGCUUCUCCGAAGUUUGUCACUCCGAAGGUCACACAGUCAGGAAAACCCACACCUGGCAAGCGGGACGGGGUCAAAGGUCAAACAGGAAAGGCUUUUGUAGAACCUCAGAACUCUGAUUUCCUUAACAUGUGGCAGGAGUUAAAAUCCUCUGGGAACUUGGAUCAACCGGAAACAUCCUUAAGUGUGGCUGCAGCUGCAUUGGACAAACUUCCGAAGCCCUCUGUGCUUUCUACAGACAGUGGUCAGUCACCAGUGGCCCGAGACAAUGGGGAGACCAAACUGACUGUGGAGAGCCUGUUUAACCAGGCCAAUAAACUACAGCACAGUGUAGAUAAUGACCAGCUCAGUACCAUGAUUAAAGCUCUUGAGAUAGCCAGUACAGAUUCCACAAUGGCGAUGGAGGAUGGAUCUAUAGUUGUCCGUAGCAAAAGUCCAGUCCAUGAUGCUGACGCUGAAAUCAAACAGAUGUUGAAAAUUGGUUCAGCGGCAGCAUCUUUGGAGCCUGGCCCAGUGAAACAACAGGAGGUCAACACAAGUCUGCCCACCAGUGCUAAAACUUAUGGAAGACAAAUGUCUGUUCAGGAAUUAUUUGAAGGUGUCAUGCAACCUGCUAAACAUACACCGUCAACAGCUGAUGCAAAAAUACCAGAGACACUCCCUGGUGAAACUUCCCAUACGAAUGAUCCCCGAACACAGGGAGCAUCAGGAUCCGGCCAUGCAACCAGCUCAAAGUCAAACCCAUCCGCAGGGGCUUACACGAAUCCCAACACAUCCCUGCCCCCAGGGCUAGUGCAUCCCUACCCCCCACCACUACAGGUACCUCCUCCUGCCAUGCUGCCUCAGAUGGCUAAUCGCCCUAGACAGCAGUCCCAACAGUACCAGUCAAGGGGAGCUCACCCCGGUCCUCAGACUACACCACAGUUUAGAGGUCAUCAACAUGGCAACCAACAUCAAAAACCAGCACACAGAAAUCCUGUCUUGGAGCUGAUAGGCUUGUGUAAGAUGAUGGGUCUACCUGAACCUAAAUACGAUUUUCUUGGCCAGUCUGGGUCCUAUACCUGUGUUGUAACAGUUGCAAAUGGUCAAAAAUUCAUGGGGUCAACAACUAGGACAAAAGAAGAGGCAGCUGAAAGUGCUGCAGGUGUAGUACUAGUCAAUAUGAUGCAUCCACCAGCAAUGCAUCCGUUGAUGGCUCCGAGGGCGUUUGGUGGAAUGCCAGCCCAGAUGAUGCAGCAUCCUCAGUUCUCCUCACCCAACUCGGCCUUCAAACCUGUCUCACCCAAAGAAUUUAUUGAACAACCUAGAGGUCACUAUUCCCAACCACAAAACUACAGUGGGAGCCAAUCACAGAAGGGGAGACAAAACCAAACUGCCAAUCAGUAUACAGACAACAGAUACCAUCAACAAAAGCAGCAGCAUCAGGCACCCUCUCACUACCACGACAGCAGAGGACAUUACCAGUCAGCCAAUCAGUAUCCAGAAAACAGAAACAACAACCAAAUGACCAAUCAAAGUUCAUAUCAAGGAGCACAGAGACAACAGCAGAAAAUCUCACCCAAUCAACGAACAGAUAACAAAGGCACCGAGGGCAAAGAUUUUUCACCUCCAAAAUCCAAUCCAUUUGUUCCCAUGCAGGUCACUCGCAAAACACCUAGUAAGAGACGGGAGUCAGAAAGCAGAGACAGUAAUGGACUCUUAGUUGAUAUAAGUCCAAGGUCGGACACUAGUCCAAGGUCGGACAAGGAUAGCAGCCGGUCCGACCAGCACAACACAGCCCGGGACUUGUUUGGUGAUAAAUCUCAGAAGCAUGCAUCAUCUACACAUGACACUCGGACAGAUAAGUCAGAUUUAAAUGGACAGGUAUCAAGGGAGACAACUCCUGCCAAAUCUCCACGUCAAAGCAAUCAACCAUCAAAAUCUCCAGGGCAGCAGCAACAAAAACGUCGACCUAGAAUGGCUGCCAACUUCAGUAUGGCUAAAUAGAUACCUGGAAGUUAAAAGGCUGAAACAAGAGAUUUUUUCUUAGAAAAAAAAAAGAAGAGAUUUUGUGAUGAAGUGGGAGAUUUGUGUGAAUGUUGUGAUGAUAUGUUGUGAUGACAUUUGUGAUGACAUUACUGAUGAUUUUUAGGUAUGAAGGUGAUCUACCAUUUAUAGACAGAUUACACACACUGUGUAGAACUAGUAUACUGACUAUAGGUUGGUGUACUGUACUACAACCAAACACUUAGAGAACCAAUUUGAUGGCUGCAUUGCCCAUAAUUCUUAUAGAACACUAUCUCUCAACUUCUAAACAGAUCAUCAAGGGUCUUUUUCUGUCUUCUUUUUCUUAUGGAUUUGAAAAACUUGAAAUAAUUGUAUUCAGUUAAGGAAAAUGUUAUGGGAAUCUUUCACUGAGCAAUGUAAAUUAGACAAAGAAGUAUUGAGUCUUUUCAGUAUUUCCAAAGUAUUCAGUAAUACAAAAUUAAAUAAUUUUGAAAAUAUGAAUUUUGAACAAUAUUGAUAACCAAAAAAUCAUUGAUCAUUCUACAAUAGUACCUGUCAUCUUUGUAUUUAAAUGCUGUGAAUAUCUAUUGUCUGUUAUAAGCUGAAGAUGCAUUAAUUGUGGUCUUAGAAACAGCUUAUUCCUUAACCCGAUACCUACCGUGGUGGAUAAGUAAUUUCUGUAAUAUCUCUAAGACUUUAAUUUUGACUAUUGUUCCUCAAAUGUUAUCAGAAUUUUAUUAACAUUGUUCUUGUGUUGCCAUGGCAGAGAAAAAUCCAGAUUCUGUUUUUCAGGUGUUGUAUUGGGAAUUUGGGGAGUGUAUUAUCAACAGUAAACAGUAUCAUCCAAAUGUCCUUUUAUUUUAACAAUUGCAGACUUUGUAUAAACACUUCACUAGCUUUAGAUAUAGUUACAACUUGAAGCAAAAAAAAAAAAAAAAAAUUGAUGGAAUGAUUACAAGUCAUUUACCCAGUAAACACAAUCAUGUAACAGUUUUUUGUACACCUUGGUCCAGUAACCAUAGUAAUGCAGUCUGUUGAAUUCUUUUUUUUUUUUUUUUCCUCGAGAAUUGAUAAUAUUUCCACUCUUCAUGAUGGUGCAGAAUUGUGGCUGGAUGAAGUUUAUACUUCAUGGUAGUCUAGGAUUUAAAGAGAUCUGGGGAUACUAAUAUGAUUGUGAAAUGCAUAUUAAACUAGUUUUUAUUGUGCAGCAGAGAAACAAAGUAUUUUAUUUUUGUUAUAAAAUGAAUUGUUUCAAGUCAAGUAUGCAGAGGUAUACUGUGAUAAUAGUUUUUAUGAAAUUGCAUUAUUUUUAAGGUACAUUUUAUUGUGUAAAUAUAUACUAAUUGUUGUGAUCUGCCGAACUAAUUUUGUGAAAUCUACAUCGGCCAUCUCCGUGUUACAUUUACUGUCCAGAAUUUCCAGAUUCGUUGUAUGUUGUGACCUUAUAUAGCUUCCUUUCAGCUUUUCCUAUCAUUUUAUCUUCUUUCAAAUAGAACAACAAAUAAAGGAAAUUGUUGGUGCAGUUUGUUUUGAUAAGAGGCUGCAGUUGUUUGUAUGUUACAUAAAAAUCAAAAUCUGAUGACAUACUAUGUAUAUCAUAUUGUAUAGAUAUUAAGAAUUCUUUGUCUAUGUAAGACACCAUAGUGUAUCUCGUAGGUAAGAAUUCUUUGUCUAUGUAAGAAUUUUUGUUUAUAUAAGAAUUAUUUGUCUAUCUAAGAUACCAAAGUGUAUCACAUAAGUAAAAAAAUAUCUGUGAUGUUUAAUGUUUUGCCAUCACUUUGAAUUUUUGAAGAAAUAUCUUGAAGAAGAUGGCUUAUAUUUCAUUAUUUUAUAAAUAAUAUCAUAUGAAUCGGUCAUUGUCCCAGGGUGACUGGUCACUGGGAGGGAUUAUCUUCUACUUUCUCCUGCAGAUUAACAGCCACUGAGAAAUGUUAUCGUCUACUUUCUCCUGCAGGUUGUCCAGCUAGGCAGUCACUAGGACAGAUUAUGUUUUUCUCCAGCUGGGUCAACAAUCACUGGAGAAUUUUUUUUCUUUUUUUUUGUUUGUUUUUUUUACCCUUCAUAUUGAUUCAGUCAUUGACCUUGACAUUGGGAUGUUUUAUAUAAUGAGUGACCACGGACAUAUAUUCAAGUAUUCGCCCUCUCCCAAGGUACAUGACUGGCCUGUUUUGAUUCUAGCAGAUCAGUUUUAUCAGUGGCAAAACUGAAAAUGUACCUGUUUUAUGAUAAACAUACAUCAUCAUUGUACAUGCACUUUAGUUAUAUAUAAGUUGUAAAUAAAAUUUAUAGAAAUUUUCAA